AGAACCUGGAAGUUAUUACGGAUAAAGACGAGCGAAAACCAGAUAUUAAUACCCAACCUUCCGAUAUCAUCACUCCACGUAGUCUUGAAACAGGUGGUUCAUUCCCCGACGAGAUCGUUAUUUUCCACCUUCUCUUCCUGGCGCUGAUCCCAUCGGUCAACGACGCAUCACACAGGACCAGCACACAAUCAAUCUGUUUUCGGAGUUGCUAUCGUCUGCAUCGUCAACAUCCAAAAUGGCCGACAACACCGAGAAGACCGGCCCAACUCCCCCCGUCUCCUUCACGAGACUUAAGCAGAUUGCCACCGAUGCUUGCAACAGUGCAAUCGGGAAUGCUGAAUAUUACGACCACGCCAAAACCCUUGAGUGGAAUAACACGAUUAUUUCGACGAUUCUCAAGGCCGUAAUCUCCGAAGCCACCCCGGCCAACGGUUCAUCGCCCGGAUACAAGUUCGCAUGCAACAGCACCAUCGUGCAGCACCUGGUCCCGACGUCUGCGUUGAACAAGUCGAAGGGCACCGAUGCCGCCAUAGAAGAACCCCAGAUCUCUACUAGUGAAGAUCCGUCGUCCGGCACCGCAACGGCGACGGAUGGCAAGCCUCACGUCGGACGACGAGGCAUGCAUUCUGCAACCGGUGCUUAUUGGGACGAGAAAAAGGAUGGCAUGUGGUCGUACAAAUACGACGGAGGCGAAUCCAAGGGUAUGGACGUGGUCGUCAUGCUUAUCUGGAUUGCGAUCUGAGCCCAUGCGACGCGAGCCCCAUCGCUUCCCCACUUUGAUUCAUGCCGCGCCACUCGUUGUCGGAGGAGUAUAUUGCGGCCUGUAUUGCUUUGUCAACUCCACGCAUGCGUACACUCUUCCUCUCAGGACGUGGCCAUGUGUCCCAUGCUAUUGAGGUGGAAGCUAUGGUUGUGAAAAACUGGCCUCUCAAGGCAGAGUCGGAACGGCUGUUCUGGAUGAAAAGGGUUCCAGUCGGCCUGAGUUCAGCCGGGUCCGUGUCUGCGUCGGGCAGAC